GAGCAACCAAGCGCGACGAGCAGCGAGGCCGCGCUGUUGCUGCGCGCUGGCCUUUGUUGCUUGCUGACUGACAUAAUAGCUGGUCGCGACGACGUCUCGCUGCAGCUGGCCGUAGCUGGGACGCGUCGCGCUUCCUACAGGGGCAGGGCGGGCUCCUAAGCGCCGCGCGCCUCGCGCCGUGCGCCACUCGCGCAGCGCGCGUCGCCCCGCGCACCGCAGUGGUCCUAGCGCGCCGCCGCCGCCGGCAGCGGUCUCGCAGUGUCCAGCGGCGCGCGAGCGGUCCCCGCGUGCCGCCGCCGCCGCGGCCCUCUCGUAGAGAUGGUCUUCUUCUACAAGACGGACCUCAUCUACGAGAUGCUCCUGUCUCCCCAAUAUUUUGGACCGUCCAUGAAGACGCGGAUCAAGGACGAAGUAAAUAAGCAGGUCGAGGGAAAAUGUUUGGGACGGGAGGGGUAUGUCAUCGCCGUGACUUCUGUCAAAGAUGAAGAUGUGGAUACCGGAGUGGUAGAAUAUGACACGGGUUGCGUGGCGGUGAACGUGCGAUAUGCGGCGAUACUACUGAGACCGUUCAAGAACGAGGUCUUGGACGCGAUCGUGGACGACGUGAGUGAAUUGGGCGUGUUCACGUCCGUGGGACCGCUGCACAUCUUCGUCAGUCGGCACGCGAUGCCGGAAGACCUCCAGAACGGGUUUGAUGCGGACUCCGACGCCUGGCUGUCGGAUGACAAAGAAGUGGAGAUCAAGAAGGCCUGCGUCAUUAGAUUGCGGCUGCUGGGCGUAAUGUGCGACACGACCCAAAUAACAGCGGUCGGGACGAUCAAGGAUGAUUUUCUCGGAUUGAUCUCGCAUCCCGACAACCAGGGCUUCUAAUGUUUUUAUGACACCAACCGGCGGGCCUGUGACGAGCGCCCGCUCGCCGCGCUUCGCGGCACGCGAAAAAAAAAAUACAAGUAAUACCAUAUAGUUUA